AUGUCAAAUCGCGCCACUCUCAUUAUGGGAUUAAGUAUUUUAGGGUUUAUCGAUAUCGUCUUAGCCUAUGAUGGAAUAUCCAAUGUGGAACAAAAGAUCGAGGGGAUAAUACCUAUGUCGAAAGAAUGGACAGAGGAAAUGAUACAUACGUCAAAUCAAUGGUCAGAGGAAACGAUACCUACUUUGAAAGGGAUGGAAGAAGAAGAAGAUACUACUCCUACUACUUCUACUUCUACGUUGAAACAAAGAGCAGAAGAAGGUAGAUUGAGUAAUGCAGAAAGGUUAUCAAGAGGUUUACCUCCGAAAGCUCCAAGAAGGAAAUAUGAUCCUUCACGUACUCGAGCCCACCUAGCUAAAAGAUCCAACGAAGUAGACCCUAUGACAGGCUAUAUCCGUACGACUCCACUUGGUUUUCCAGGUAGGAAACGAGACGCUAUAGAUUCCAAUGGUACAACACCAUACGAUUCACAAGCGUAUAUAUCCGUCGAUGAGGGUGCGAUUGUCUUGUCUACCGACCCUUCUAGAGCUGAAAAGGUUUAUUGGGACCAAGAUGGUCCUGAACAAUUCAUGCACUUUACGAAUUAUCCUUAUAAUUUAGCUUCGGUCAUCACGAAUUAUGGAGGUUCGAAUAAUAUGAAACCUAAUAAUCCUGGUGGUCCCAUUUACCUCUAUUUCACCGGAGCUUAUCCAGACGGUCGAACACCUCAAACUUCACAUGGUUAUCCCGUUCAACAACCCAUUUGGACGACUGAAUCAAUCACAUCUUCUACACCUGCUCAACUCUUUAUGACAUUUUUCAACCAAGAUGGAUCAAAUACCACACCUAAUUUUUACGUUUACGAUACAGAAUAUGGAGAACGUUAUAAACUCGGAGCCGCAUUAUCCGGUGAGGAUUUCGAUGGUGAAACCAUGUACAUGGAACUUGAACUUGAACUUGUUGUUGAAGCUGUCUGA